AUGGAGGAGAGGGGAUGGACGUUGGCCGCCAGGCUGCUGGGAAGGGCGCUGGCCCUGCCGCCGGGGGACCCCCUGCGCGCGACCGCCGAGGCCUCGGCACCGGCGCGCCUGGCCUCAGUUCGGGGGUGGAGAGAGCGGGGCCGCCUGGCCUGGGAGAAGGCCGGAGUCGCGCUGCCGGUGGAGCCGGUGCUCCCCCCUCGGAUACCGCCGUGGCGGCAGACAUCAGGCGUCACCUUCCGGAUGGACGUGGGCCCCCUCCGGGCCGGCGCCGCGGCGGCGGAAAGAGAGCGCGCGGCCGCCCUGCACCUCGCGUCCCUGCCGCAGUGCGCCGUCUGGCUGUGGACGGACGGGUCCGCGGCGGGCGGAGUCUCGAGGGGCGGAGCUGGGGCCGUGCUGGUCUGGCCGGAUGAAGAGACCGAGGAGUUGCGGGUCCCGGCCGGACAGCUAUGUUCCAGUUACCGCGCAGAGAUGGUGGCGCUGGUGACCGGCCUGGAGACCCUAACCCAAAGAGACAGAGACCAGGACCUGCCUAUCGUGGUCUGCACGGAUAGCCUCUCAGCAGUGGCGACCCUGCGCAACGGCCCGGCCGCCCAGACCUCCCCGCUGGGGGUAGCGGCUUGGAGAGCCAUGUUCGCCCUCUCGGAUAAUGGCCGGAAGAUCCACGUCCAGUGGGUCCCCUCGCACUGUGGUGUGGAGGGUAAUGAGCGAGCCGACAGAGUGGCCCGAGAGGCCGCGGAACUACCACAAGACAGCGUGCCUGCAGACAUCAGGACAAUCACCCGAGCGGUGGCUAGGGCCGCCCGCGACGACACGGUCCGGGCCUGGCCCCCCGGCUGGUUCCGGUCGCUGAUGGGGGGCCGAUUCCCCCCACCGGUGGCGGGGCUGGACCGGGAGCGCGCGGUGGACGUCCACCAGCUGCGAGCCGGGCACUGGUCGGGCUCCAGGGCCUACCUGCACAGGAUCGGGGCCGUUCCCUCUGUGGGAUGUGAGGGCUGCCGCGACGAGGGCUGUGUGGCGGCCCGCUGCCCCCUGUGCAAUGAGGAGCCUGACACGCCGGCACACGUGCUGCUGAGAUGUCCGGCGCUGAUGCGACUGAGACAUUCAACCCUGGGUCACAUCCAUCCCAGGCUGGAGGAGGUCCGGGAGACCUCAGUGGUGGCGGCCCUGGCGGCCGCCGCCAGACGCUUCCAGAGCCACCUGGCUAUGCUCCCGUGA